ACUGAACAAUCGCAAACCGCGCAAGACUAUAUCGCUUCUCAGCUCACGCUCGAGGCAGAUGCGCGCGAAGCCUUGCCAUAUCAAUUUGACACAUGCACCAAACCACUCGGUCCUCUGCGCCAAUCGGUAUAUGCCUGCUUGACAUGUACCCCGCCACCGGCAUCACCACUCCAGCAAUUCACCCCAGCUGGAGUAUGCUAUAGCUGCAGUAUCAGCUGUCACGGCGAACACACCCUGGUCGAGCUGUUCACCAAACGCGAUUUCGUCUGCGAUUGCGGCACGACUCGAUACGAGAACAGCGGUACACCUUGCGCGCUUCGUCCGAACCCAUUGACUGGGAGGAAGGGAGGCGUAACGGGCGAAGAGGCGCGGACUGCCAAUCGGUAUAACCAGAAUUUCCAAGGUCGAUUCUGCGGCUGCGGAGAGGAGUAUGAUCCGGAGACAGAGAAGGGUACCAUGUUUCAAUGUGUUGGAUUAGGCACGAUUGACAAUGGCGGUUGCGGCGAAGAUUGGUGGCAUCCGGAAUGUCUGAUGGGGCUGCCACGCACGCAGGCUGCAGCCAACACAACAGACAAAGCAGAAAGCGCUCUCGGGACUGUCCAGGAGGAAAGCGGCGACGCUACGGAAGCGGAAGAGAAGCCUGUGGAAAACGAAUUGCCUCCGGGGUUCCCGGAUGAAGACGACUUUGAUCAUCUCAUCUGUCACAAGUGCACUUCUGCAUUUCCAUGGAUCAAGCAAUAUGCCGGCACUCCCGGGUUCCUGCCUGCCGUUGUAGCGAAGGCUUCUACCACACAAGACGCAACGCUCCUAACGGAAGACAUUGACAAGACGAGCGACUACAGUACUGUCGCAUCAAUGCAAGGUGUGCCCAAGAGCAGGAAACGAAAAGCUGAGGAGACAGAGGAAGAGCAAGAGUCUAAGAGAUCCAAAACCGAAGAGAGCUCAGAUCUGCCGACGGUUACCACAACAGUGAAACACACAACCUUGCCUGCUGCACCGAAAGGUCCCAUCAACCUGUUCGCAACGGAAAAUUUCCGGGAAAGUCUCUGCAGAUGUGCAGAAUGCUUCGCGCGACUCUCGAAACAUCCCCAACUUCUAGAAGAAGAAGAGACCUACGAACCACCGAUCUCCGAAUCCGACGCUCCGCCAGGUGAGCUCGGCAGCGCCGCAGGCCGUAGUGUCGGCACUGGCUCGAUCCUCGAUCGUGGCGAGGCAGCACUCUCCACCAUGGACCGUGUCAAGGCCAUCGAGGGUGUCAUGGCAUACAAUUAUGUCCGCGAUAAGGUGAAGACGUUUCUGCAACCUUUUGCUGAGACCGGACAAGCAGUCAGCGCUGAGGAUAUCAAGGCGUAUUUUGCGAAGCUGAGAGGUGAUGAGCAGGCCAUGAAGGAUGCAGCGUCAGGUGCGCGGGCAAAUGGAUCUGUGCAAGGGGAUGGGAGGAGAGAGCAGGGUGGAUAUUGA